AUGGGCUUUGGAAUCAGCCCGGACAUUCGCUCCCUCUCCACCCUAAAGACACCCACCCUGCGCGGGCAAGACCCACUGGAAGCUCCUGCCAGAGAUUUUAGCAGUGAUAACCCCAAGACAAGCCGGGGGACGAGUAUCCAGCCACUCUUCUGCGCAACCCGCUCGUCGCCCCCUGCACUGCCCAGUCGCGCCCUCCGCGCAGCCCUGAGACGCCAGUUUAACUACUACCCCGGUGGGGAGCGCCUGGUCUUCAGCAGCUGCUCGGCUGUCAUCUCCGGCCGGGUCAGUAGCAGCUCCGCCUCGUUCAGGGCGGGCGUCAAGGGCUCGGCUGCCUUUGGCAGCAAGAGCCUCUUCACCACUGGGGGCAGCCGGCGCAUCACCAUCAGCGGCCGGGGCGGUGGCUACGCGCUGGGCCAGGGAGCGGAUGGCUGCUGCGGCCGCGUGGGCGGCUUCGUGGGCACCGUCUUUGGCAGCGCGGGGCUGUGGCCUGCGUGUCCGUCCGUGUUCCCUCCUGGGGGCAUCCCUCAGGUCACAGUCAACAAGAGCCUCCUGUUCCCCCUUAACGUAGAGCUGGACCCCGAGAUCCAGAAAGUGCACGCCUAGGAGUGGGAGCAGAUCAAGGCGCUGAACAACAAAUUUGCCUCUUUUCUCGACAAAGUGCGGUUCCUGGAACGACAGAACCACGUGUUGGAGACCAACUGGAACCUGCUGCAGCAGCUGGAACUGAACAACUGCAGGGAGAACCUAGAGCCCAUUUAUGAGGGCUACAUCAACAACUUGCAGAAGCAGCUGGAGACACAGUCAGGAGACAGGGUGAGGCUGGACUUGGAGCUGAGAAACAUGCAGGAUUUGGCGGAAGACUACAAGAAGAGGUACAAGGUGGAGAUUAAUAGUCGCACAGCUGCUGAGAAUGAGUUUGUGGUGCUCAAGAAGGAUGUGGAUGCUGCCUACAAAAACAAGAUCGAGCUCCAGGCCAAAGUGAACUCCUUGACAGACGGGAUCAAAUUCUUCAAGUGCCUCUAUGAAGGGGAGGUUGCUCAGAUUCAGUCCCACAUCAGCGACACGUCCAUCAUCCUGUCCAUAGAUAACAACAGUGACCUGGAUCUGGACAGCAUCAUCAGUGAGGUCCGUGCCCAGUAUGAAGAUAUCGCCCUGAAGAGCAAGGCCAAGGCCGAGGCCCUGUACCAGAGCAAGAUCCAAGAGCUCCAGGUGACAGCAGGCCAGCAUGGUGAUGACCUGAACCUCACCAAGGUGGAGAUCUCAGAGCUCAACCAGCUGAUCCAGGGGAUCCGCUAAGAGAUCGGGAAUGUGAAGAAGCAGUGUGCCAAACUGGAGAUGGCCAUCACCGAUGCCGAGCAGCGGGGGGACUGUGCCCUGAAGGAUGCCUGGGUCAAGCUGGACAAGCUGGAGGCUGCCCUGCACCAGGCCAAGGAGGAGUUGGCCCGGAUGCUACGUGAGUACCAGGAGCUCAUGAGCGUGAAGCUGGCCCUGGACGUGGAGAUCGCCACCUACCGCAAGCUGCUGGAGGGCGAGGAGUGCAGGAUGUCUGGUGAAUAUUCAAAUUCCGUGAGCAUCUCUGUCAUCAGCAGCACCAGUGCUGGGGCAGGUGGGGUGGGCUCGCUGGGCUUUGGAGCCUCGAGCAGUUACAGCUACAAACCUGCGGCCGCCGACGUCAAAACCAAAGGCAGCUGUGGCAGCGAACUCAAGGAUCCCCUUGCCAAAGCCUCGGGCAGCAGCUGUGGAACAAAAAAGGCGUCCAGAUGA